GUCCGGCCCUGUGUCUGCGCUGUAAGAUGGCGGCCGCCAGCCCCGAUCCACCGACGCUGAACGGGCCGGAGGAGUUGACGGAUCCGGCGGGGGACGAGGCGGAGGCUCUGAGCGCCUCGGAGGAGGUCUGGAAUAUCAAGCAGAUGAUCAAAUUAACUCAGGAGCACAUUGAAGCCUUGUUGGACAAGUUUGGGGGAGAUCAUAACCCACCUUCUAUCUAUUUGGAGGCAUAUGAAGAGUACACAAGCAAGCUGGAUGCACUGCAACAGCGUGAACAGCAAUUGUUGGAGUUGGAGUCCAUCGGCAAUGGCACGGAGUUCCCAAACACUAACCCCACCAACACGGAGUUGUUGGAGCCCUGCACUCACCUUUCUGUCACUCGGAACUCUCCAUGUCUGUUACCAAACCCAAAUGACAGUUCAAUGGUCAACCCCAAAUCGCCUCAGAAACCCAUCGUUCGAGUCUCUCUGCCCAACAAGCAGAGGACAGUGGUUCCAGCACGAUGUGGGGUGACAGUGCGAGACAGCCUGAAGAAAGCUCUGAUGAUGAGGGGACUGACGACAGACUGCUGUGCAGUCUACAGAACACAGGAUGGGGAGAAGAAGCCGAUCGGUUGGGAUACAGAUAUGUCUUGGCUUACGGGAGAGGAGUUGCAGGUGGAGGUGCUGGAGCACGUUCCGCUCACCACACACAACUUUGUUCGAAAGACUUUUUUCACACUGGCGUUCUGCGAUUUUUGCCGUAAAUUGCUGUUUCAGGGUUUUCGUUGUCAGACAUGUGGGUACAAGUUCCACCAACGCUGUAGCACAGAGGUGCCCCUCAUGUGUGUGAAUAUUGACCAGCUAGAUUUGCUAAUUCUUUCACGAAUCUAUGAAAACCAUCCAAUUACCCAAGAUGAUGUGUCAUCCAUAGGAACACCACCUGGCUCAGGGAUGUAUCCUUCAGUCCCAACCUCCGACUCCACAGGGUCCCUUUCCCACCCCAUCACCUCCCCAACAAAAUCAAUUCCAAUCCCACAGCCUUUCAGACCUGGGGAAGAAGACCAACGGAAUCAGUUUGGACAGAGGGACAGAUCAUCCUCUGCUCCAAAUGUACAUCUCAACACAAUCGAGCAGGUCAAUAUUGAUGGUCUGAUCCGAGACCAGGAUCUACAUCGAGGUGAUGGAGGCCCCUUGACGCAGCCGGUCAGGUGCCUCAGGAAAUACCGCUCUCGGACUCCCAGCCCUUUGUUGCAAUCUUACCCCAAUGACAUUGUCUUUGAUUUUGAGCCUGGUCCCGUGUUCAGAGGGUCCACAGCAGGGCUUUCUGCUACACCACCUGCUUCACUGCCUGGAUCUCUGUCCAGUGUGAAAACAUUGCAGAAGUCACCUGGCACACAGCCUCGAGAGAGGAAGUCAUCAUCUGAGGACCGGAAUAAGAUGAAAACUAUAGGCCGAAGAGACUCCAGUGACGACUGGGAGAUUUCUAACGGACAGAUCACACAAGGCCAAAGGAUAGGAUCAGGCUCAUUUGGAACAGUAUAUAAAGGAAAAUGGCAUGGUGACGUUGCAGUGAAGAUGCUUAAUGUUACAGCUCCAACACCUCAACAGCUACAAGCCUUUAAAAAUGAAGUAGGAGUUCUCAGGAAAACUCGGCAUGUGAACAUCCUUUUAUUCAUGGGUUACACCACGACUCCGCAGCUUGCCAUCGUGACACAGUGGUGUGAGGGUUCCAGUCUGUACCACCACCUUCACAUCAUUGAGACCAAGUUUGAGAUGAUUAAGCUAAUUGAUAUUGCCCGCCAGACUGCACAGGGCAUGGACUACCUGCAUGCAAAAUCCAUAAUUCACAGAGAUCUGAAGAGUAAUAAUAUUUUUCUACAUGAAGAUCUAACAGUUAAGAUCGGAGAUUUCGGGUUGGCGACAGUGAAAUCCCGAUGGAGUGGGUCGCAUCAAUUUGAACAGCUGUCUGGUUCUAUCCUUUGGAUGGCCCCUGAGGUGAUUCGAAUGCAAGAUAAGAACCCCUAUAGUUUCCAGUCUGAUGUCUACGCCUUUGGGGUGGUUCUGUAUGAGUUAAUGAGCGGACAGUUACCCUAUUCCAACAUCAAUAACCGUGAUCAGAUAAUCUUCAUGGUUGGCAGAGGUUACCUGACCCCUGACCUCACCAAGGUGCGCAAUAACUGUCCAAAGGCAAUGAAGCGGUUAAUGGCAGAUUGUCUGAAAAAGAAACGGGAUGAAAGGCCUCUGUUCCCUCAGAUUCUCGCUUCUAUUGAGCUGCUGGCCAGGUCCUUGCCAAAGAUUCACCGCAGUGCGUCCGAGCCCUCACUCAAUCGUGCCGGCUUCCAGACUGAGGACUUCAGUCUGUAUACCUGCGCUUCCCCAAAGACGCCCAUCCAGGCUGGAGGAUAUGGAGAGUUUACUGCAUUCAAAUAGAUGGUUCAUCAUUUAUCACCAUCGAAGCAGGUGUCUGCCAUCACGUCUUGUGUCCUUCCAGUUGUUCUGGGGUUUAAUCUGCAAAACAGAAACUACAGCUGCUGAUGGAGCUGCCUGAGCCACAUUUGUACCAUUUUAAAGACACAUUCUGCUGCCAGUUUCUGCCAAGCUGUAGUUUUGAAGUUAUUGACUCUGAAUGCGAGUUCCCCUUUAACCAGCGAUAGAAGCUGAAAGUGUUGAUCAUCUCCCUCGAGGAAGGACAAAAUGGCUUCUUCGGACACUGCUGGGGUGAACGUUGUGGUGAGAGGGCAGGGGUCAGUGGUGAGGAAGAAUCGUUGGAGCUUGAAGGCCAGAGGACGUUAAUGGUGGAGCGUGAUUCUUCUAGGAGAUUGUACACCUGCAUCCUCUCAUUGCCUCUCUGCCCCAGGCGUGGUUGUGCAAUAACCUUAUUUAUGACUGAGUGAGAGCUGUUACAGGUGGAUGGGGCUUUAGUCCGGUGACUCAAUUGGCCCAUGUCCCUCUGUCACAGAGGGCAGGGCGCAGAGAUACGCAUUGAUACUGAGCCAGCGUUUAUUUAUAUACAUUUUUAAUUUAUUUGUUUUAUUAUCCCCUCUGCUCAUGAGUUCUCCCACUGAUGUCUUUGUUCUCAUUCCCUACACAGGGUCUUUGCAGUCGGCCGGUGAUUUGAAUGGUUGUGAGUGGAGUUUGGUUAAUGUUAUUGUUUACCCUUGAAAGAUGUUUUCCGCUAUUCCUGGUGCUUAUUUUGCAUGGUGGAGGAAAGUUACUUGUCUUACCCGUGGAGUGGGAUUUAAUACUAGAACAGGAUUGAACUGUGAAACAGAUUCUAAAUGCACACCAAGGGUUUGGGAGAGUAUAAGGGCAACACAUCAAUGUCAAAUCCUAGCCAGAAGUGUCAGUGCUCCUGAUCAGAGAGUAAAUGGGUCAGGGAGGUAACUCCUGUGGGCACUGGAAUAGCUACACAGUAGGGAAGGUGGGAGCAAUGCUGGGGUAGGGUGGGGCUUUGCUGUAACGUAGCCCAGAGAUGCUCUGCAGUAUGGCAGCCCGAGGAGAAGGUGAAUGGCUCUGCUACCAACUGGUUUCUUGCUGCCAUUUAAAAUCAUUGCUUUCUAGAACUGGUGAUAUUAUAGAAGACCUCACCCAUGAUCACAAUGUGGGUAAUAUUAAUCAGAUGGGGUGAGGUUGCUACCAAUAUUUCAGAAUAUUUAGGGUCACUUACAAUGUUGAUGUUGCCUUCAUAAGUUAAAGAGCUAGGCCCUUGAGAGUCUUGCCUCAGACGCUAGGCCUGACCUAAGCACUCGAGUCAGGAGUUUGGGUGUGGAAGAGCAGGUGCUUUCUUGCAGGCACAGUAGCUCAUUACCAAGGCUGAAAGAGAUGUGAUAUCUGAAAAGUGCAAACACAGCAUAAUCAUGUAUUUGAGUUUAGGCUUACAAAUUCACACUAAGCAUUCCGUUUACUCCCACUGGUUGUUGAGUCUCAGAACAGUGAGAUUCAAAACCCAAACAGGGACCACUGUCUUUUUUAACCAUCCUUGCAUAUGAUUCAAAAACAUUUUAAAUUGAGCAAAACCUAUUUACCCUAAUAACUACUUUGUUUUUGUUUGCAUUCUAUUCUCCAUUGCUGCCUCCCUCCACCUGACCCCUUUCAAUGUGAUUUAAACCUGAAUACAGUUUUAUUCCGUCGUCGUGUUAGAACCAAGCUUGGAUUGUGAUGUUUGUCUAGCCUUCAGGCAUGGAGUGCCAUCAUUUCCAGCUUGGUUCAGCGGAACCAGCUCCCUUCACGGUGCUGCUCCUGCAUUGCAAUUUGCCAGCCGCACAAGCAGACUGAUGAAAAUGCUCAUUCCAUUAGGCAAGGACAGAUGAUUGGUGUUAUUCAGGUGUGCCAUGGGAGUUUGACCUUGGCACCACAAGAGUCAGUUGCAACCAUUCCAAUAACACACUUAAGCAAUAGUUUGAUUUAGUUAUUUUUCAAACUGGUUUUAUUUCUAUUUAAGUUUAAAGAAACAUUCCUCACUACAAGAAUAGAUUUUAAGGUACAAUGCAGUUUGUGAAGGCAUGGAGCUUUCAAACUGUACUCUUCACUUGGGCACUGCUACAUUUAGAAUUGGAUUUCUGAAGUUGUGACUUCUACAGUUUUGACUGUAUAGACUGGGGGUGAGGAUCUUUACUUUGCCUACAAUGACUGGGCUUUGCACUAUGUUACUAAGUUGAGAAGCUGUGCAUUUGGAUCACCAGUAGGCUCCCCAACUUAGUUUCCUCAUGGACCGGGAAUAUCACAAGACCAGGCUGAAAGGGCCUUUCAUAUGAGACUAAACAGGUGAUACAGAUGGCAUAACCUCUUACAAGUGGUGUAUUACUAGUAAAUAUUCAGCAUCUGCUGGUAACACACCAGAUUUAAGGGGCUAGGCAAGGUGUCCAUAUCAUCAGCUUGCCCUCAUGGCGAGUGCCAAAGUGCAAGCAAAUGAAAUAUCAAAGGAUACUAUUUAACAUUUUGGGUGGGGUACCAGUGUGUGGAAGAAGGGCAUGUGCUUUCUUGCAACCUUUUGGAAAGGCUUGCAGACAACAGGUUGAAAGAGAUGGUCACCACAUCAUCACACGUUUGAGUUACUAGGCUUACAAAUUCACACUAAGCAUUCCAGUUAUGGCCACCAGCUUUUGAUGUCUCCAGGUGCUCAGCCUCUGCUUCAGCUUACAGCUUUAACUUUAGUGUGAUGUGUACCCACCAGAGUUUAAGGUCAAGAUAAUGUAGGAAUCCGAGUCAAUGUUAACAGCACUUGAGGACUUUAUCCUUUCAUCUGUUAGAGAAGCAGAAGCUAAAUACCAUCUCUCCCUCGAGUUGUGGCAUCUAAAGGCCAACUCUUAGAGGGAACUAAGGGUGAAGAAUGUACUGUGAAAUUAAUGUUGUUGGUUUACAUUAAAUAAUUUUUAGCUGCAGCUACAUAAAUCAUGCAGGUGUUGGCCAUUGGUCCAGUGCCUGCACUAACCAAGAUUUUCUGCUUUGCCCUCAGCCCUGACCUUGCCAGAGAUGGCUUUCCUUAUCAUCUUUGUACAUUAUCUUUUAAUUCAUUACCCUUGUGGACUGCAGCCAGUGGCUCUACCCAUUAAGGAGCCAACACCAAUGCAUUUUUCCCCCCAGAAUGCAGCAGGACCCUACUUAGAAAGUACUGUUGUCCCCAUUCAUGUUUUGUUUAUAAAUUAGGAAAAGCAAAGCUUCAAGUGGUCACUGUCUUUCCCCCUUUGGAGAGGUGUGAAGACAGUUACAGUGCAUUCCCACCAAUCCUUCCCCUUGGUUUAUUUUCUGUAAAUUUGUACAGUGGAAUAUAUUGUCAGUUUGCUAUAGAGCAUGGAUACAAAGUUUUGAUAGAUAAUUCAAAAACCUUGUGUAAAGUUAUUUAAGAUUGUAUUAUAAAAGUUAUAUGUAUGUGAAUAUGGAAAACAUGCUAUAAUAAAGGACCUGCAUGGAG